UUCCUUUCCAGUCCUGAUGAAGGGUCUUCGCCCCAAACGUCAACACUUUAAUCCGUUCCAUGGAUGUUGCCCGACUUGUUCAGUUCCUCCUGUACUUUGUUUUUGAUUUCCAGCAUCUGCAGAAUCUCUCCUAUUUAUGACGAUCCCGUUCCUGUGGCCCAUUUCCUUAGAAGAAGGUGUAAGAAUAUUCUUCGCGAUGCUUUGGCGUUUGGAGAUAUUGGCAGAAUGACAGGCAACCUCGGUCGCGUGUCCCCGAGCGUUCGGUGAUAGUUUGGCGCUCCAGAACAGUUAUUCGUUUGAAGUCUCUGAUGGGUUCUAUUUUAAUUUCAAACCUGUUCGGCUCAUUUAGUCCUCACAGAUGAAGAAUGCGACCCCGUAACAAAGGCGCGCAGUUCAACGCACUGGGUCUGGCGUUGCCAACGUAAAGAAUUGAGAUGUAGAUCGCCAACGAUCCCCAACCCCACCUCCGCACCUCCGGACCUCCGGCUUUCUCUCGAAAACAUGAUUCGUGUUUUAUGUUGUUAUUGUUACUGUCCCAAAAGGGCGAUUGAAGCCAAUGAAAAAAAGACCCCUCAAGGUUUGUUUUACCGGGAACUCCCACAUUUCGUCAACGCAGAUGGGAGUUACCUGUUCUGUAGAUACUGGAUGCCAAGGACACCAAUCAGGGCACUAAUGAUGAUAAUACAUGAUGCGGGUGAACACAGCGGCCGCUACGAGAACUUAGUUGAGUUAUUCUUGGAGCUUUCCUUACUCGUCUUCUCACAUGACCACGUUGGGCAUGGACAGAGUGAAGGAAGGCGCCUGCAUAUAUCGGAUUUCAGAAUUUACGUCCGUGACUGCCUGCAACACAUCGACAUAGUGAAGAGGCAGUAUCCAAAUCUAAAGCUUUAUACCAUUUCCUUCUCCAUGGGAGGACUGAUUCAAAUCUAUAUCAUGAAUGAGAGACCAAACAUUGUGGCAGCGGCAAUUUUUAUGGCACCCCUGGUCCUCAUGAACCCUGAAUCAGCAACUCCAUUUAAGAUGUUUCUGGCCAAAGUGUUGAAUCAAUCGUUACCACGCUUAACCUUGGGAUACAUAGAUCCCCAAGCAAUGUCCACCAAUAAAAAUGAGGUGGCGAGCUACAUAAAUGAUCCUCUGGUCUGUAAUGGACCAGUGAAAAUAAAGUUCGCCUUUGAGGUGUUACAUGCACUAAGUAAGAUAGAAAGGAUUUUCCCCACCAUCAGCACUCCUCUGUUAAUAAUGCAUGGUGAUUUGGAUUCAGUCUCAGACAUCAGGGGUUCCUUCAUCAUGUACGGGAAGGUGGCAAGCACAGACAAAACGUUUAAGAUCUUUCAGAAUGCCUUUCAUGAUCUCCACCGUGAGCAACCAGUUACUGUUAACGAGGUGUUGGCGCUUUUGAAAGCAUGGCUUCUGGAGCGGUUACCAUCUGAAAAUGAAACUAAUUUGUGAUACUGGAAAUCUUGAAGGCAUGGAUUUCUUUGGAAUAGAAUUAAUUGGGGAAGUGUAGUUUAAAACAGAUUUCAAAUCAGAAGUAACGAAGAAAACCCUUUCUCUUCCCAUGGUGUUUUUAAAGCAAAAACAAACUCUGCCUAGCAACUUUCAUCAGAACUUUGUGGAACUCAGGCUCUGGCAAGAGCUCGAAAGUUAAAGAGAUGUUUCCUUUCCUGUGUGCCGACUUCUCCCACUUGUCAGUGAAGUUUCCCUCAGCCCGUCUGUCCCCCAUUGUCUGAAAGCAUUUAUUUGUGUCCUGGGAGAAAACUGUGGAGCCCACACUCCGAGAGAUUCUUGGCGUUAUAACGGCAUUUAAGUUUUACAGAAGAUGGAUUAGGAGUGCAACAAAGGUAAAAGUGGAUUCAAGUACAAGUAAUGUCAUUUCCAAGACCAACUAUGCAUGUGACAGUUUGUUGACCAUUGUACUGAUGGUAUUACCUUAAAAUAUCUAAGAUUCAGAUAUCUUACAUCUACUUCUCAGACCGCCAAAGUAAAUUGCCUAAAAACAGACUCUAAGGAACCAAAGAGCAAGGAAAACUGAGUCAGGUUAGCAACAAUGAUUACAAAGAGGAAAUAAAUUACUAUUUAUUUAAAACUGCAUUGUUAACUAUUUGGUCCUUCUUUCAAAUAAUGACAUUGUAUUUCAUGGCAAAUUAUCCAUUUUACAAUGCCAAUCCAUAUAUUUUAUUUUACACUUACAUCGAAC